UGCGGGGCGGCACCGGCGAGAGCCGCGGCCCGGGCGCGCCCGGCUCCGCCACGGCAGCCCCGCUGCAGCGCCGCUGUCCCCUCAGGCAAGGGCGAGACGCAGGGCUGGUCGCAGCCCGGCUGAGCUCCGGGAUCCGUGCGCGGCGCAUCUUCCCGGCUGCUCCGGUGAUUCGCUGACAUUGAAAAUUCCAGCUGCAGGAUCUCGGAAAAUACAGCUUCAGUGAUGUCGUCACCCAGCAGCAAUUGCCCACACCUGGAAUCAGUUGGUGAGAUAACAAAGGAGGAAUUGAUACAGAAAUCUCAUGGGACUUGUCAGGACUGUAAAGUCAGAGGACCCAACCUUUGGGCAUGCUUAGAGAACAAGUGUACGUAUGUUGGCUGUGGUGAAUCCCAUGUUGACCACAGUACCACCCAUUCCCAGGAGACAAAGCACUGUCUAACUGUCAACCUUACUACUCUCCGUGUUUGGUGUUAUGCCUGUAGUAAGGAAGUAUUCCUGGACAGAAAAUUAGGAUCUCACUCUCCGCUACCAAGUACAAGACUGUCUCAUCAAGCACAAGAAAACAGUGUGCAGGAUUUUAAGAUACCCAGUAAUCCCACACUGAAGAUUCCAUUAGCAGCUGUAUUUGAUGACUUAGAUAUAGAAGUGGAAGAAGAUGAAUUGAAGACCAGAGGUCUAACAGGAUUAAAAAAUAUUGGAAACACUUGUUACAUGAAUGCAGCUUUACAAGCUCUUUCCAACUGCCCACCUUUGACACACUUUUUUCUUGACUGCGGGGGCUUAGCCCGAACAGAUAAGAAACCUGCAAUUUGUAAAAGUUACCUCAAGCUGAUGACAGAACUCUGGCACAAAAGCAGGCCUGGAUCUGUUGUUCCUACUGGUUUAUUUCAAGGAAUUAAAACUGUUAAUCCAAUGUUUCGAGGCUACUCUCAACAGGACGCACAAGAAUUUUUGCGUUGUCUAAUGGAUUUGCUUCAUGAGGAACUUAAAGAACCAGUUGUAGAACUGGAAGAUGCCCAGCCUAUGAGUGUUGAAGAGAGUAUGGAAGAAGAUAAAAGCCAGUCAGACUUAAGCUUUCAGCCCUGUGAAUCCUGUAGUAACUGUGAUAAAACAGAAAAUGACACAAUUUUCAAACCUGUCAUAGAGGAUCCUGCAGAAACAACCAUGUUAAUUCAGGAUGAUGAUAAUAACUCAGUCACAUCCAAAGACUGGCAGAAAGAAAAAAUAUCAAGCAACAAACUUAAACGAGCAAAUUCUAUGGAAGACUUGGAAAAAGACACAAACACCACUUCAGAGACCACUGAAUUUUUAAAUAACCAAGGAACUGUCAAAGUACAGAUACACAGCAGAUUCUCAGAAUACAUGAAUGACGUUCACAUGAAUGACGUAUCUGCAGCCCAGACACCGUCAUCAGUUGAAGGGAUGAACACACGCUUAUCAAGCAGCCCUCCAAAAUCAUUCCCGUCAUGCUCUUCGCUGGCACAAGUCCACAAAAAAGUUUCAACAGUAUCUUCACCAAAAAGGAAGAAGCGCAAGAAGUACAGGAGUGUUAUCUCUGAUAUAUUUGAUGGAACUAUAAUAAGUUCAGUCCAGUGCUUAACUUGUGAUCGGCUGUCUGUAACCCUGGAGACCUUUCAGGAUCUGUCCUUGCCUAUUCCAGGUAAGGAAGAUCUUGCUAAACUCCAUUCUGCAAGUCAUCAGACAUCUCUAGUCAAGGCAGGGUCAUGUGGAGAAGCAUAUGCCCCCCAAGGAUGGAUAGCCUUUUUUAUGGAAUACUUCAAAAGAUGUUUCAGGUUUGUUGUCUCAUGUGUUCCUAGCUGGUUUUGGGGUCCAGUUGUAACCUUACAAGAUUGUCUUGCUGCCUUUUUCGCCAGAGAUGAGCUCAAGGGUGAUAACAUGUACAGCUGUGGAAGGUGUAAAAAGUUAAGAAAUGGAGUGAAAUUCUGCAAAGUACAAAAAUUUCCUGAGAUUCUGUGCAUUCAUCUCAAAAGAUUUAGACAUGAACUCAUGUUUUCCACAAAAAUUGGGACCCACGUGUCCUUUCCCUUGGAAGGUCUUGAUCUUCAGCCUUUCCUUGCAAAGGACAGUCCAGCUCAAAUUGUGACUUAUGAUCUCCUGUCUGUCAUCUGCCACCAUGGAACUGCCAGCAGUGGACAUUAUAUAGCUUAUUGUCGCAACAAUUUAAAUAACUUGUGGUAUGAAUUUGAUGACCAGAGUGUCACAGAAGUAUCAGAAUCCACAGUACAAAAUGCAGAAGCUUAUGUUCUCUUCUACAGAAAGAGCAGUGAAGAAGCACAGAGAGAGAGACGGAGGAUAUCAGGGCUACUGAAUAUGAUGGAACCAAGUCUUCUGCAGUUCUAUGUUUCCAGGCAGUGGUUAAAUAAAUUCAAGACUUUUGCAGAGCCAGGACCAAUUUCAAAUAAUGACUUUCUCUGUAUGCAUGGAGGUGUUCCUCCACACAAAGCUAACUUCAUAGAGGAUCUUGUUGUAAUGCUACCUCAAAAUAUAUGGGACAAUCUGUAUAGCAGGUACGGAGGAGGACCAGCUGUUAACCAUCUGUAUGUUUGUCACACCUGCCAAAUAGAGUCUGAAAGAAUUGAAAAAAGAAGGAAAAAUGAAUUGGAAAUGUUUAUACGGCUUAAUAGAGCAUUCCAAGAAGAAGAAUCUCCAUCAACAUUUUACUGCAUCAGCAUGCACUGGUUCAGGGAAUGGGAAGGCUUUGUAAAGGGUAAAGACAGUGAUCCUCCUGGCCCCAUUGAUAAUGCUAAGAUUGCAGUAACAAAAUGUGGCAAUACUGUGCUAAAACAAGGUGCAGAUUCUGGACAAAUAUCAGAAGAAACAUGGAAUUUUCUUCAGUCAAUAUAUGGUGGAGGUCCAGAGAUUAUACUCAGACCACCUGUUCCUCCAGUAGAGCCUGAUAUAUUGCAAACAGAAGAGAAGAUUGAAUUAGAAACUCAUGGUCUGUAGCUAUUGAGAAAAAGAUGAACUUGUAAGGAAUCCAGCUUCCUUACAAGAUGCCCAAAACACAUUCCUAAAAGUUUUAUUUUCUUAUGUCUGUUGGAGGCACAGCUCACUGGGCAUUACAUUAACUACAGAAUAGUAAGUUGAAAUAUGUAUUGCAGUUUGUUUAAAUAGCGGCUGUUUUUCUGUUUUGGAAGGCAUGUGGUUUGUACAUUUUGGAAUGUUUGGUCUAUGGGAAAAAUGUAAUUUCUGAAUUUUUUGCUAAAACUCAAAAUCCUGUUAUAUCCUUAAACUUGAAAAACAGGGACAAAUUUUAGAGAUGUUCAGUAACCCUUCUGAUUCCUUAUUGGGCUUCUGGUAUUUACAAACUUUUGCCUGUCUUAAUUGUACAGUCUUGACAAGCCUAGGUAUGUGAGGAGUAUAUUUUAAAUGGACUGUAAUUAAAGAUAAAGAAAAAGGAUUUUCAUUUCCUAAAUGCUCAGGAAAAAAAAUUGUCUCUUACUUUGCACUGUAAGUAUAUGAAAUGGGUAGUAUAUAACAUCCAAAUACUUAUUUUAUUUGAGCGGUCAAACAUUAGGGUAGACUGAAUAAUGGUUUAGUCAGCAAAUGUCAUAACUUAUUACUACUAAAUUUUACAUCUUAUUAUAGUCUUCUGUAACUCUAUAAACCUGGCUAGUGUCUUUAAUAGUAUAUGUGGCAAAGAGAUUUAGUCUUCUCUAGGGUAACAUUUGAGAGCAUGAAGUGUGAAAUGUAAAAUUAUUAUGGACAUGAGUGAUAUAAAUUUCAGAAAAUUAAAUUGUUUGUCUCUUGAAUUACAUUCGUAAGCAUUUAUAUUUGAAGGAUUUUAUUGUAUUGUUAAAAAUUUUCAUUGGCAUGAUGACCUUUAAUGUCAGAAGCUGGAUAAAAUGUAUAUAUUGCACAACUUUAUUGAAUGAUUCAUAAUGGAAUGCAGAAUGACAUUUGCUCAUGUUUUUGCCUGAUAUUGUUACCAAAUAAGCAGCAUUAUUUAAGACUGGAUCAAUAAAAAACGUAAAAUUAACUGUGGAAUAGGCGGGGGGAGCUUUCCUAGAUGUUUUUAAUUUAUUAUAUAAGUACAAAAACCUUUGAAGUAAUGCUAUAGUACUCACACCCAUACAAUUAUAUUUUUGACCAUUUUAAGUUUAGACAAUGCUGUUGACAGUUCUAGUUCCAAAGUAAGAAAAUGCUGACAUAAUAUUCCUCUGAAUAAUUUUAUAUGUAGUUUAAAAACAUAUUGGUUUGUAGGACUUCAUGCUAUUCUAGUUAAAAAGCCAUCAAUGACAGCACUAGAGAAGAUGCCCUCUAACCAUAAGUAUUUGUAAAUGAGAUUUUAUGUUAGUAGAUAGAGCAACUUGAAGCUAAUGCCACAUUACCCCUGACUUGUAUUACUGAUUAAGGUAAAGUUAAUUUGUUUAUGGACAAUCAUUAGUAACUUGCUGAUGUUGGCCUGUGAGCUACUGAUUUUUAGUCUAUUUAAAGUUUUUUUUUGGUUUGUUUUUUUUUCUUUUUUUUUUGGCUAAAGUUUUCUUUUUCUUUGAUUUAAGGUUCUUUAACAUACUGAGGAUAAAGAACAAUGAAUAUAAGAUUUUUUUUCAAUGUUUUCAUUAAUAGUCUGGAUGGUAGAACAGACUGGCCAUGUAAAAUUUGUAGGGAAAAAAUGGAUUGAGUGUUAGGGGCACCAGCUUGUCAGGGAAGGAGGCAGUUCUGUGAUGAGUAUUCUGAGUAUUACAGCAGAUCAGACUAGGACUUAAAACCCAUUGAUACCAAAACAAAACCUCUUAUGGGUAAGAGUAACAAAAGCAUCAGAUGUGAGGCACAGAAGGUGAUUAUUCUGCUCUACUUGGUGCUGUGCUUGCUGUGAGAUCUCAUCUGUAUUGUUCCCAGUUUUGAAUGCUAUAUGAUGAUAAAUACAAGCUGAGAUUAUUUUAGGGAAAAGAACAAGACUCAGUGUUGAAAAAGAAGUGGCUUUCUCCCUUAAAAGAAUGCUGAAAAUGCAAGACUUCCAAUGUGUAAAUAAUUGCUGGAUAAUACUGAACAAUUUUUUUCUGAGAUAAGCAAAGAUAUUUGCCUCAGCUUUAGCAGUGGAGGAUGUGUGCUGCAUUUAGGAAGUUUAUUUCAGAAAUCUAGUAGUCUUCUAGUCAGUCUUUUCUACUGGGUGUCUGGGAAUCCAUAGUCAAACAUAAUCUGUGGUGCAUACGGAUCAGUAAGGAGACACUUUACACCAGCAAAUUUUGUGAAAUGCCUGUGUCAGUGUGGAAAAAGGCAUCUUCACCCUUGGAACUCUGUCAUGCUUAGAAAAAACCAAACCCCUGAGUUUGCAGAGAUAAGUAGAUGUGUUUUAAGACAGUUCCAAAGGGAUGACUGUCUUGCUUUUAGCCCUUUAAGAGCUCUACAAGGCCUACUAUGUCACAGAAAUGGAAAUAGUCUUUUAAAGGAAAGUAGCGUGGGAGAACUCCAGAUGGAUGGCUUGUGUAUGCUGGAGGGAAGACAAUAAUUCAGAGAAUAGGUAAAGGAGAGGUCUUUACUGGGAAAAGCUGUCAUGAUUCAUAGCAAAGAAAGAAUGCAUCUCAGGAGGGCCUGUGGAAAUUUUUCUUCCAUAAGACUCUUUGGAUUCUUUGUUCAUUUGUUUCCAGUUGAGGAAACACAGCAAUGUGUUUGUGUGCCAGAGAAACUGUCACUUCAAGAAGGGAAAAAUCCUGUGGGCUUCUUGUUGUAGGCCUGGAGAUCUAGACAUGAACUGUUAAAAGCCUGCAGUUCAGUCUGGUAACUUGAAUCCCUUCUUCUAUGGAAGACUAUAUGGUGGGUGUCAAGGAUUUAGCAGCUCAAAGCUUGAUUUCUCUAAAUUUCUGAAGGUUUUUUGCAAGCAAUAUAACUAGUUGUUCAUCUGAACACCUAACAUUGAGGAGACUGCUUCAGAUACUGUGUAAUGUAGCUGAACAGUAUAAUUGGAGGGAAAAAGAACAGCAGAAGAGCUAUUGAACUACUCAGUAGUAAAAUAAGGCAGUUUUGUAAUGGGUUUCAAAGGUGAGAGAUAAGUAGUCUGGCUACUGAGUGAUUUAAACCGAGGAGUCCAGAAAGGUGUUUCUGCAGGUAUCAUCCAAGGUGGUCCUGUGUAUAGGGAUACAUACAUACUUAUGUCUAUUAAUAUAUUAUACUUACAUAUUUGUAUACAUACAUGUUUUUUAUAUGUGUAUGUAAAAAUGCACGUUAUCUACUUCUCCAGUAUCUUAAGUGAACUAUGACUAGAGUCACUAAAAUAAUUAUUUUGGGGUUUAUGCUGGAAUAGUGGCUUCAAGUAGCUACAUUUGAUAAAUGUUGUUAGGUUGACAUCAGUUUAUUGUUGUAGUGGGUAUGAGCCUUCCCAUCAGUAAUGGUCUGUUUCAAGAUAAGGUCAAAAAGCAUAAAGUGUUAGAAAUGUGUUUGGCUAUAUUAUAACGUGAAUGAAGAAGUUUUCAUUUGUGAAGCCAAAGUUCAAUGGUCCUGAUUUUUUCUUGUGAAAUCUAAUGUAAUUUGAUCUGCUAUGCUAAUGUAUUGUUUAAAAAUUCUCCUCGGAUUCAGAAAUUAUAUAGUGACUGGGUUUUUCCAGCAUUAUAUAUCCUACUUUUCCUAAAAGCAGAAAGCAUUUAUUUGUAAUGAUACUGCUGACAUUUGACUUUUUUUUUAGUAUCCCAUUACUCAUAAUAUAAGUUCAUUUAGAAAACCAAGUCUGGGAUUUGUAAAUUUUACUGAAAAACUUAUAUAUCAUCUGCUUAAAAGGGACCAAAUGCUUUCUUCAUAUUUGCUGUACAACUAUUUUAUACUGAACUAAGAAAAUUCUAUUUCAUUUAUUCCUUUUGAAUUCCCUAUAUACAUCUGGCUUAGUGCAGUCUAAGCAGUUUUCUCACUGAAAACCUUUCAGUCUUCAUUUUGCCCAGGAAAUGAGUAAAACAACUAGGCUUUCUCAUUCUUCCUAACAGAUGGCUUUUCUGGCUUCCCUCUAUACUUAAGCCAUCCAGAGCUGACAGUUAAUAGCAGGAAGCAAAAUAAGACUUCAGGGUUUCUGAAGUGUCACGGAGAAAGACAAAUCACUUUUAGUGUUAAUUCAGAGAAAUUAAUGCAGUUACAAACUUGGUUUCUAUUAGCCUUCAAAAUCUUAGGGGAGUAGAAAAUAGCAUUGCUCAGUAAAAUUUUAGAAGUGCUAUUCUCACUAACAAUGGAAAGUGUAACUUGUUUCCUUGAGUAUAUUCUAUUAUAGAUAUAUAGAACAUAUAUCUGUUUAAAACAUAUGGCUUGUAUUAGGUUAAGCUUCAGGCUAGCUUUAAGCCAUUCAACAAGGUGACAAGUCUGCUUCUCCAUAGAAACCAGUGAACACUGCCACAUAAUAUGAUAAAAUAUGUUUAUGCAUCUAAUGUUAUACAUUUGCUUACAAUAGCAGAGUCUUGGUUUUCACGGAAAGCUGGGAUUAUUUAUUCUAUCUCAAAACUUUUCUGUGUGUCAGCUCAGACACGGAGCUAGAAAUAGAAGGUCCAUUUGUGAGCAACACAUCGCUGAAGUGUCCAGUAGGUUUUCUGCACCUGGACUGAUAGUGGUACAACAUGCAAAAUCACUUGAUGGCAAGUUUCCACAUAGCUUGCACAUGUGGGCUUUAAAAAAAUGCAGUAAGAACUUGAUCACUGAAAUAGGAUGUUUAUAAGAUGAUCAAGCAAGUAAAUUCAUUCUCUGUUCUGACUUGUUCAAGAUUGAGUUGAUUAGCUAGAACUUCAAGUUCUGAUUGUUGAAUGGACAUGUAAAAAUACAGCUGACACUUGACUUGCUGAUUUAUAUACAAGUAUAAAAUGAACCAUCAGUAAAAAGGUAAAGCUGGUGUAAUAGUAAUACGCUUGUUUGUUCUGCAGUUUUGAUAUGCCUUUAUGCAAUGCUAGUGAAUCUUAAAACCCGUUUUCUUCCUAGUCACUGGGAGCAUAGGAGGUACAAAAGUAAAGCAGUCAUCAUCCACAAAAUAUUUUCAUAAUACAAAUAAAGUUGAGAAGAUUUAAUUUCCA